UUUUGGUUUUACGUGACGACAUAAACAAAUAGUAUCAUUUAAAUCUGUACGUAAUGUUAAAUGUAGAGAAAUUAAGGGCUAGCAAAGUUUAUUCAUGAAGAUUUACUUGUACACUGAGCCACACCCAAUUGUUUCUUUUUGUGUGCUUUGGGAAAUCUACAAAAAGCCAAAAUGCCUAGACCAUCGCAAUCACAAAGUAGAUCGUCACAACGAACUCGGCUUGACUCCACCGGAUCAGCGGAAUCCGUGGAUGAGAGUCAUCAUGUUGCGAACGUGGUGAAAACCAUCCUAAAUUUGUCGAUCAACAAAGCGAUCAUCAAGCGUUCGGAUAUUACCACUAUAGCCCUCAAAUCGGACAAUCGCCUGUACAACAGAGUCAUCUCCGAUGCUCUCGAGGUCCUUCGGGAUGUGUAUGGCUAUGAGCUAGUUGAUGUGGAGAAUAAGAACCAAAAAUCCAUGAUAUUAUGUUCCGUGCUAGAACCUGCAACGUUCCUUGAGUUGAAUGAUAGCUAUCGACGGAAAUACACCUUCCUAUUCAUUGUACUGGGCUACAUCUUCAUGAAAAAUGGAACCGUACCUGAAAGCAUCCUCUGGGAGUUUCUACAAACAGUUGGUAUCGACGAGCAACGAGAGCAUUCCUACUUCGGAGACGUGCAAAAGCUAUAUGAGUCGUUCAUAAAGCAGGCAUACAUUCUGCGAACCAAGCAAUCUGUGGAAGGAAUGAAUGAAGAAAGUAUAUUCAUCAGCUGGGGAGCUCGGGCUCAACGUGAAGUAUCGAAGAAAGAAGUAUUACACUCCAUGUGCGAAAUGCUCAAACGUAAGCCAACCGACUUUAAAAAUCAGUACAUUGAGGCGUAUGGCAUGGAGAGUACGGAAAACGACGAAACCAUGGAUGAUGAAUAAAUUAUUUACUAUUGUGUAGGCAA